GGGGCUAUUUGUUUAUUACCCUGCCGCUGAUCAGUGAUCGCCGAUGCAUCCUUCUAUCAACUGACCUGGAUAUGUAGCACGGCAUCGUACACUCCAAGAUCCAAACCACAUGUUACCUAUCCCACCAUAUGCAUACAUCCAAGCCGUCCAUCGAUUCAGAUCCCUGGUUUCUCCCAUCCCGUCACCCUCCCCCUACUGCCCCGCAGCAAUCCAUCUCACACAACAAACAGCCUGAAUAAUAGCGCCCGAUACCCCACGCUCGGCUCUUAAUCGGAUGAUCUCCCAGACUUUUCAAGGUUGCUUUGAUUGCUUUUAUUGGUGGAAAAACUAAACACCAUGCAGGCGGAUACCCUGAUCCCAGAAAUAUCUCGGUGCAUUUCGAAUUUUGGAACGACGUCUAGUUACCCCUCCAUGGUGGAGGGGAGUUUACUUUUUGUUUAUCUGGGUUCAAAUAUCGAGGAGGAACACUCGCCGAUAUAUCGCCCGUAUUCCGAGUCGGUACCUACUUUUUUUGCCCAGUCUCUAGUUUCAUUCCGAACGAACUGGUCAGUUUCUAGGUGGCAGGGUCUAGGUUCUACUUCCACUUUUAAAACGUAAGUCCACUUUCCCUCCAACAAGUCAUGUCCUGUUCUCGGAAUAAUAGCAUACGGAAACCCCCACUACUCGCUCCCUCGAGGGGCAAAGGGAGGGGGUACGCCACAAGGAAUUACCAUCUUGUGGGCUCGGGAAUCCGGGAUAUUUAUUGCAAUGGGCUAGGACUAGUCUAAAGCUCGAUGGAUUGAUCAGACUUAUAUGAUGCUAUAGUCCCCGGUUCAUUGAUUUUUCUGAUCUUUCCUUCUUCUCUCAAAGGUUCUUUGAUACUUCAUACACAUUUUACAGCAACUUGUGCUUUUCCGUCUUUCUUGUCUGGGAUAUCGAUUCUGUUGUUCGCAUUGAGUUCCUUUCUUCCUCCUCCCUCCACUCGAGAACCUCUCAGUAUAUACUGAAUCCUCAAUCCACGACGCACCUUACGAAUCUCUUCUUCAACCUCAAUAAACCAGCCCUCAAAAUGUCCCCCUCCACAAACGGCACCAGCAAUGGGCACUCUUCAACGCCAACCAGCCGCCGCCCUCUCCUCCCAGGAAUCUACGCACCAACUAUGACCUUCUUCGAUCCUGAAACCGAGGAACUCGAUAUUUCCUCCAUCAAGAAACACGCCAUUCGUCUCGCAGAAGCCGGCCUCGUCGGCCUCGUCACAAUGGGCUCUAAUGGCGAAGCUGUGCACCUGUCCUCCGCCGAGCGCACUGCUGUCACAGCCGCAACUCGCGAAGCACUCGACUCUGCCGGCUUCACAAAAGUCCCUAUCAUCGUAGGGGCGACAGAGGGCUCCGUCCGCGGUACUAUUGCGCUCAUCCAAGAGAGCGAGAAGGCCGGCGGAGAGUACGUGUUGCUACUGCCGCCGUCAUACUUCCGGGGAUUGAUGGACGAGGAGGCCGUGUAUAACUACUUCAUUGCAGUGGCAGAUGGGUCGCCGCUGCCAAUUAUCCUGUACAACUACCCUGGCGCGGUGGCGGGCAUUGAUAUGGACUCCGACUUGCUGAUCCGCCUGGCGCAACAUCCUAAUAUUGUGGGCACCAAGUUUACGUGUGGGAAUACGGGUAAGUUAACGCGAGUUGCGCUGGCUACCGAUGCGAAGACUCCGUUCAGUGAGGGAAGUGGAUAUAUGGCUUUUGGAGGCAUGUGCGACUUCACUGCGCAGACCUUGAUCUCGGGAGGCAGUGGGAUCAUUGCUGGUGGCGCAAAUGUUAUGCCCAAGACUUGUGUAAAGAUCUGGGAUCUGUACACGGCUGGGAAGAGGGACGAGGCGUUCGCUAUGCAGAAGGUACUCAGUAAGGGGGAUUGGGUGCUGACCAAGGCAGCGAUUGCGGGAACUAAGAGCGCUAUUCAGAGUUACUAUGGGUAUGGUGGGUACCCCAGACGGCCUUUGAAGAGGCUGGAUGAGGUUAAGACACAAGGGAUCAAGGACGGGGUUGCGGAAGUAAUGAAGGUGGAGUUGAGUUUGUAGAUAUUGAUAUUGUGAAGAUUAAGCGAGAGGGGUAAGGGGAGUGCAUGUGGUUGGCUGGUGAUUAUUUGUGUGCUUUUUGGGUGCAUGAUAGGAGCAUUUUUUGAACUGAAUAUAGAUGAUUUUAUUUAU